AUCCAUGAGGCCGCUCAGACCCAUUAGCCUGUGCCAGUUUGUGUACAAGAUUAUAACUAAGAUUAUGUCUGAAUGAUUGGCCAGUAUUUUUCCCAAAAUCAUUUUAGAAUGGCAAAAUGCGUUUAUCAGGGAAAGGAAAAUAGUAGAAAAUGUCCUUCUAGGGCAUGAGUUAAUGCAUUACUUGAAAAUCAAAAAACGCUGAAAGAAAGGGGGCAUGGCUCUAAAGGUUGACAUGGAAAAGGCCUAUGAUAGAGUCGAAUGGCCCUUUCUCCUAUUGGUAUUAGAUAAUAUGGGCUUUAACUCAACCUGGCAAGGUUGGAUACAUGAGUGCCUUCGCUCGGCUUCUUUUUCUGUCCUGAUGAAUGGUACCCUCUCGGGGUUCUUUUUCCCUUCCAGAGGUUUGCGCCAGGGGGAUCCGCUUUCCCCUAUGUUGUUUGUGAUUUGCACAGAGGGAUUUGUGGCGCUCUUCUAGAAAGCCAUUUCUGAAGGACAGCUCAAAGGGGUUAAGGUUGCCCCGCGCGCUCCUCGGAUAUCGCACCUUUUUUUUGCCGAUGACUCUUACCUUUUCCUCCGAGAUACCCUCUAGGAAUGUGAAAAUUUGAUUGAGGUGUUAAAUGAAUAUGAGGAGCUGAGCGGUCAGCGGGUGAAUUUGGCCAAAUCAGUGGUAUGCUUUAGUAAACACAUUUUGGUGCCAGAUUAGGAAUUCUUGGCUCAAAUUCUGGGAGUAGGAGCGGUGGGUGUCCAUGAUAAGUAUCUGGGUUUACCUUCGCUGAUAGCUCAGUCGAAAAUGCAGACCUUUCGGUACUUAAAGGAAAAACUGGUGGCUCGCCUUCAGGGGUGGAAGCAACGCACUUUAUCUUGGGCCGCUAAAGAGACUUUGAUCAAAUCGGUGGCUUUAGCCCUACCGUUGCAUGUCAUGUCCUAUUUUAAACUACCUCUCUCUCUUUGUCGUCUCUUGGACAAACAUGUCGCCAGAUUUUGGUGGGGUGUUGAGGAAGGUAAGUCUAAGAUUAGGUGGAUGUCAAGGCGGAACAUGUGUUGGAGUAAGCAUGAUGGUGGGUUGGGGUUCCGUCGUUUUGAGCACUUUAAUCAGACGCUUCUAGCUAAAAUAGGUUGGCGUAUUCUCACCGAGCCCCAGUCUCUCUUAUAUCAAGUUUACAAAGGGAAAUAUUUUUCAAGGGGCACGUUCCUCACUGCUAUGGCAGAGUAUCCUCUAUGAUGGGAGCUUUUAAUAAAGGGUCUUCGAUGACAAAUUGGGAAUGGUCAAAAGGCUCCCUUACUUGAUUCUAACUGGAUUCCUCGAUUGCACCCCUCUCCCCUAGCAUAUAAUCCCCAGGUGCUUCCUCAAGAGGAACUAAGGGUGGCUGAGGUUAUUUGCCAAGGUGAGGGUCGCUGGUGUGAGUUCAAACUUAGUCAAUGGUUUGACCCGGUGACCGUCCGCGCAAUCAAGUUGAUUCCUCUUCCUAGGCACUCGAUGGAAGAUAAGUUGAUAUGGCAUGGCACCUCUGAUGGGGUAUUCUCUGUUAAAUUGGCCUACCAUUUUGCUAUCUUGUUGGAUCAACAGGGUGGGCAUUGGAAGUCUGUGGCUAGUUGGAUGUAUAGAGCCAGUUGGAUCCAGUUAUGGAACGCCAAUAUUCCUCCCAAGAUGAAAAUGUUUGUUUGGCAGAUUUUCAAUCGGAUCCUCCCUACCACGGAGGCUCUCAUUGAGAAGAAGGUCUCGGUGCUUCCUCAGUGUCUGGUCUGCUGGGCGGAAUCGGAUACAAUGGAGUAUUUGUUUCUUCAUUGCCCAGUGGCUAGGGCAUUAUUGGAUCAUUCGGGUCUGGACCAUCUGGGACAGGGCCUGCCUCGCCACACUUUCCCUUUGUUCCUAAAGAAGUUGAUGCUCCUCUUAGCUCAACCCAAUCUUUUUCUGGCGGUUGUUCCGUUACUUUGGAGAAUCUGGCGAUCACGUAACUGGGUGGUAUUUGAGGGCAAGUAAUUUGGGAUCAACCUAAUUACUAAAUUCUGACAAGUCCCAAAAACCGGAUAAUCAUAUAUAUUAAAAGUAUAGAUAAGUGUGAUUUAUGUAGUUAUUAUGGUUUUUUUUACAAAAGACAAUCAUCUAUAGAUUCCAAAAGUAUAGAUAGUUACAUCCUGGAAUUCAGUCAGGCCUGAAAAUCAAAAGAACGACUCGAAGGCAGGUACAAAGAAAGUGUCUUGCGAGCCACCAAAUGGGCUACCCUAUUGCUACGCCGACCUACAAAUCGAACACUAAACCCCGUAUGGAUGGAGAAGUAAUGCAUAAUUUCUUCAAGUAUCUGCCCGAGUGACCUUAUCAAUGAUCACAUUCGCAUCUCCUUCGAAACUUACUUCCGUGAAACCAUGGCUUAUGAUUUAAUUGCAGUGGUUAGUAGUUAAUCACUAACCAUAAUUUUUCAAUUUUACUAAUCACAACCAAACCACUUUCUUAUUAAAUAUCGUUAGUGGUUAACCACACUACGGGUAACAUAGUGUUACUUGCGGUGAAACCACAAACUAAACAAAUUACGGGAAAGAAUCAACAAAGAAGUAAGUUGGUUGGCAUAAGUUAGGGUGAUUUACCUAAAUAUUGCAAAAAUAAUAAUUAUUACCACGAAUAUUUUAAUAAAAAAAAAUUUACAAAUUGUGUACGGAAGACAAAAAUGUGCGUACACGCGCGAGUUGAGCUAAAGUAACAAGGCCGGAUCCCAUGGCUAGGGGAGCGUUUAGUUACUUGACUAAGCCACUCCCUACUCUUAGAUCUGGACACAUCAAUCUGACAGUUAAAAAGUGGAAAGCGCUUUUUAAUUAAUGACAAGGGUAGUUUAAGUAUUAUGAAAAAUUACGAAGUAUACAAACCUGACUUACAAACAGUACAAACCAUACAAAUCAUACAAACUAGAACGAUAAAACAUAUAAACAGAUUUACAAACAAUACAAAACAUACAAACUAUACAAACAAUCAAGUAGACCGACAAACACUACAAACCAUAAAAAAAAAACCAGGUUGACUUUGGAGGCUUCAUUCCUAUAUAGAGGGAUUCAAUUCCAAAGUCAACCUAGUUUUUUUAGGCAUACACAUAUUACAAACAUGGUUGACAAAUUUUACAAACUAGACCGACAAAACAUACAAAAUGGAAAAACACUCGGGUUGACUUUGGAGGCCCCAUCUCUAUAUAGAGGAGUUGCGUCCAAAAGUCAACCAGGUUGUUUUUUAGACAUAAAAUAAUUACAAACAUGGUGGACAAAAAUAACUAACUUUACAAACCUUACAAAAAAGGCCAACAAACAUUACAAAAAUAACAAAACUUACAAACAUUACAAAACAAAUCGACAAACAUUACAAAAUAUACUAACAGUACAAAAUGUCACUACUUACAAUACAGAUCAGUAAAAUUU